CUCCCUCAUGUACCUACCACCUGUCACUCCUUCUCACCAUUCACCUCCACAUUACGUUGUCGUUUUUAUAGCACCCACGCAUCCCUAGGUCUUUCUAGUUUACAUUUAUUAAAUACACCUCGCCGUAGUUCCUAAGGAAGAAUUGGUGUUUUCCGGAUUUCUUUCAGUUCGAGCUGCAAUUGGCUUCCUUUUUUUCUCUCUCUCCAUUGUAUCUGUCCCCGUUGAAGUUAUUGCUGUGUAUUACUUCCUCUCUGUGCAGUUUUCCUGUCUUUCUGUUGAAAAUAGAGAAAGGAUGAAAUUGUGUGAGUUAUGUAAGGGAUUGGCUAGGAUGUUCUGUGAAUCGGACAACGCGAGUUUGUGUUGGGACUGUGAUGCGAAGGUUCACUCGGCCAACUUUCUGGCAGCGAGGCAUUCUAGGUCUUUGCUAUGCCACGUGUGUCAAUCGCCUACGGCUUGGUCUGCAGCCGGGGCGAAGCUUGGGAAAACUGUCUCCGUAUGCGACACGUGUAGAUGUGUGGAUAGAUGCAACUACCGUAGGGAUCAUGAGGAGGAGAGUGAAAGCGUAAACGAUGAAGAAACUGAUUAUGGAGAUGAAGAGGAAAUUGAUGAUGAAGAGGAAGAUUUACAGGUUGUUCCGUGGUCGUCUACACCACCACCGCCGGCUAGUUCAUCAAGCAGUGAAGAUUCAUUAUAUGUUCGUAGAAAUAAUGUUUCUUCAAAGAGAAUGCGUGAAACUGAUGAUGCGGAUCUUCAUUCAGAUGAUGAUAGAGAAAGUCCACGUCACCGGAAAGUCCAGACAUCGCCGGUUAAGAUUCAGAGAACGGAGGAUCGGCUCACAGCUCCUCGAUGCAUAGAUUUUAUGAGACUCAAUGAUGACUCAAGAACCGUAGAUCUGGAAAGUUCGGACACCUCGUAGCCGUUGGAUUGACUGACCAUUCGUUUCACUUACAUUUACGUCAUUUCUACUUCUUUACUUACCCUUUACCACCCCCCCCCCCCCCCCCCCCCCAAAUCUUGUAGUCGGUGGAUUUAGUAAGAUAGUUUAGGAUAAGAGUUGUUGAUGUGUUCUUGUACUACUAAUCUUCUUAGGGAUAGGAUCGAUCAUUUUGCUAUACUUUUCACUUAUUGUAUGUAAUAUAAUUAUUAGGAUAUAGUACAUACAAUAUUAAGAAGAGGGAAUUAUCUUGUC